ACUAUGACUCCCUGGGGCCUGUCCCUGUCCAGGAUGACUCCUCUGGGUAUGCUGCUUGGGUUGCUGAUGGCCUCUUGCUUUACCAUCUGCCUCAGUCAUCAAAACCCGAAGGAGUUUGCGCUGACCAACCCAGAGAAGAGUAGAACUAAAGAAACAGAGAGAAAGGAAACCAAAGCAAAGGAGGAACUGGAUACUGAGGUUCUGGAGGUGUUUCAUCCAACCCAUGAGUGGCAGGCUCUUCAACCAGGUCAGGCUGUUCCUGUAGGAUCUCACGUACGGCUGAAUCUCCAGACUGGGGCAAGAGAACUGAAACUCCAAUAUAAAGACAAAUUCCAAAAUAAUUUGAAAGGAUCAAAAAAAGGCAAAAGGUUGGACAUCAACACUAAUGCCUACACAUCUCAAGACCUCAAGAGUGCACUGGCAAAACUCAAGGAGGGGGCAGAGAAGGAGAGUUCAAAGGAAGACAAGGCAAGGCAAGAUGAGGUAAAGCAGUUGUUCCGUCCCAUUGAAGAGCUGAAGAAGGACUUUGCUGAGCUGAAUGUUGUCAUUGAGACUGACAUGCAGAUCAUGGUGCGGCUGAUCAACAAAUUCAAUAGUUCCAGCUCCAGCCUGGAAGAGAAGAUUGCUGCGCUCUUUGAUCUCGAAUAUUAUGUCCAUCAGAUGGAUAAUGCUCAGGACCUGCUUUCCUUUGGAGGCCUUCAAGUGGUGAUCAAUGGACUGAACAGCACAGAGCCCCUGGUAAAGGAAUAUGCUGCAUUUGUGCUUGGGGCUGCCUUUUCCAGCAACCCAAAGGUCCAGGUGGAGGCCAUUGAAGGAGGAGCCCUGCAAAAGCUGCUGGUCAUCUUGGCCACUGAGCAGCCUCUUGCCACUAAGAAGAAGGUCCUGUUUGCCCUGUGUUCCUUGCUGCGGCAUUUCCCUUAUGCCCAACAGCAGUUCCUGAAGCUGGGAGGGCUGCAGGUCCUCAGGAGCCUGGCGCAGGACACAGAGGUGCUGGCUGUGCGUGUGGUCACCCUGCUGUACGACCUGAUCACUGAGAAGAUGUUUGCCGAGGAGGCGGCUGAGCUGACCCGUGAGACCUCCCCAGAGAAGCUGCAGCAGUACCGCCAGGUGCAUCUCCUGCCAAGCCUGCUGGAACAGGGCUGGUGUGCGAUCACCGCCAACCUCCUGGCACUGCCUGAGCACAAUGCCCGAGAAAAGGUGCUGCAGACCCUGGGCGCCCUCCUGGCCACCUGCCUAGACCACUUCCGUCAGGAUGCACAGCUCAGCAGGACGCUGGCCAGCCUGCAGGUGGAGUACCAGGCCCUGGCCGCACUGGAGCUCCAGGAUGGUGAAGAUGUGGGCUACUUCCGGGAACUGCUGGGCUCUAUCAACAGCUUGCUGCAGGAGCUGAGAUGAAGCGGCUUCUCUCACACCAGAUAUGGACUGCAGCACUGCUAGCAAGGUUGAGGGGCACCAACUGGGUGGGACUCUGGGACACCAGGCAUGAGG